AUGAAUGAACGACGUACUCAAACUCAUAUUGAAGAAACAUCAUCAACAGAUGUUCAUUCAACAUACAUUGAUGCUGAACAAUGGUCAUAUGAAGAAGUGGGUUUAUCUUUAACACUGAUAACAACAGCUGUAAAUACAUAUUUCCGUUACAAAAAGAAUGUAUUUACUAUUCUUCCAUUCCACGUAAUUGUGUUAUCAUAUCCAAUAGGGAAAUUUUUGGCAUUUGUAUUGCCCAAAAAACAGUUUAAACUAUGUUUUGGAUAUUCAUUUUCACUCAAUCCUGGACAAUUUACAAUGAAAGAACAUGGACUUACAGUUCUAAUGGCUACAUCAAUUUAUUCAUCGUUUGCUCUUAAUUCGAUUGAUAGUCAACGAAUAUUUUACAACAGAUCUGUGAAUCCUAUAGCUGCCAUUAUUUUUAUAGUUUCUAUACAAUUAAUUUGUUUAAGUAUUCCUGGUAUAAUGCGUCGUUUCUUAGUAUGGCCUUCAGCAAUGAUGUGGCCGGCGAAAUUUCCCUAUAUAAUUCUUCUUCGUACCUUGCACGAAAAAUCGACUAAGAUUAUCCUGGAUUUGCAUGAUUUUGUACUAUCUCAAUUAACUGGUGCUAAUGGCUUUGCCAUUGGAACUUUAGACUUCGACUGGUAUACGUUAACCAGUUUUUUGAACAGUCCAAUUAUCGUACCGAAAUGGUGUCAAAUUAAUAUGUUUAUUGGUUUUGUUUUAAGUGUCGGGAUAGUCGCACCAAUUGUCUAUUAUUCAAAUUUAUGGUAUACAAAAAUAUUGCCCAUUAGUUAUCUAGAAUUUUUUAAUUUAAAUGGAAAUUUGUACGAUAUAAAUCAAAUAAUUGAUGCUCAAGGUCGUUUUAAUGUAACUGCUUAUGAAAUGUACAAUAGAGUUUAUGGUUCUCCUCAUCUCAGUAUUGCCGCUAUUGUUGCUUUUGCCUUGAGUUUUGCCAUAGUGUCGUCACUUAUCGUGCAUACAGGUUUAUAUCAUGGAAGAGAUAUCAUUAAACAAUUUCGUACCUCUUUAUCAAAUAGAGAUAAUGAUAUUCAUUGUACACAUCGGAGACUGAGCGUAAGCGUUUCAAAGUUUUUGUAA